AUGGCCUCUUCAAUCCAUUUUUUAGAUAUUAAGGGCAAACCCUUGCUCACCAAAGACUACAAGGGGGACAUACCUGUAACUGCACUGGAACGGUUCCCUCUUUUAGUACUUCAAGGCUCUUCGGAUGAGUAUAACACUAAACCUGUUUUCCAGGAUAGAGGUGUCAGUUAUGCCUACUUGAUCCACAAUGAUUUGUACGUAUUGGCACUUGCUCGGGGCAAUGUCAAUAUAUAUUCGAUAAUGGUUUUUUUGAGGCGUCUAAUAGAGGUUCUUGAAAGUUACGUCAAGCGGUUGGUCGAGGAGAGUAUACGAGACAAUUUCAGCAUUAUUUACGAGUUGCUGGACGAGAUGGUUGACUUUGGAACGCCACAAAUUUCUGAUGUUCAAAUGCUCAAACAGUAUAUCAAAGUGAAACAUUUCAAGCUGGAGGAAUUGAUCAACCCUAUCAAGGCACUAGACAACGAUCAAAAAGUCAAAGUCCCCAUGGCCCUGACCAACAGUAUCAGCUGGAGAAGUGAAGGAAUUUCCUAUAAAAAAAAUGAGGCAUUCCUGGAUGUGGUAGAAGCCAUCAAUAUGACACUGACGACCACUGGUCAAGUGAUUACCAGCGAGAUAUUGGGAAAGAUCAAGAUACGGUCACAAUUAUCUGGAAUGCCUGACCUGAGAUUAGGCAUCAACGAAAAGUUUUUGAAUGCUGGGUUAGACCGUCUUAAUGGCGGUCCUGACAACGUAACUAAUGACUUUGGGUUGGAGGAUAUAAAAUUUCAUCAAUGUGUCCGGUUAGCAAAAUUUGAAAAUGAUAAGAUUAUAACGUUUAUUCCACCUGAUGGGGAGUUUGAGCUCAUGACCUACCGCAUUCUGUCUCCUCCCAAUCUUGUACCACUAAUACUUGUGGAUUAUAAGCUACAGAAUCAUUCGAACACAAGACUGGAAUUGUUCGUGCGUCUGAAAACUAACUUCAAACGUCGCCUCACAUGCACUAAUUUGGAAUUGCUAAUUCCUUGUCCCGAUGACAUUGAUUCCCCCUCAUUUCAAACCUCGGCCACUACUUCAAAGUGUAAGAUCAAAUAUGUGCCUGAAAAGUCUGCUAUUCUCUGGCGAUUUAAAUCUAUUCCAGGGGGUAAAGAUUAUUCGAUGAUAGCUGAGUUAAACCUUCCUUCAGUCAAGCUUCAGGAGAAUGUUGACCAGCUUAAGAAAAUUACAAAAAAACCUAUAAAAGUCAACUUUCAGAUUCCCUAUUUUACAACAUCAGGGCUUCAGGUCCGCUAUCUUCGUAUCAAUGAGCCGAAACUUCAAUAUAAGUCGUACCCCUGGGUACGUUACGUAACACAGAGUGGUGAUGACUACAUAAUCAGGAUGAAGUAA